AUGGCGUCCGUCAUCCCGGUGAUUUUCAUACUCGCCAUAGUCCUAGGACUAAUGGCUUGUGGCUACCUCUUCGUUCCAAAGGGCCCACAUCAAACGACAAUUCGUACGGCCAUCAUCCUCACGCUUGCAUCAUGUUAUCUUAUGUGGAUGGUCACAUAUAUGGCCCAGCUACAUCCUCUCAUCACACCAUAUCGUUCAAUAAAGGGCGGCGAGAGUUUAUGACGGUCACGCGCUAUCUGAGCAGGAAAUAGACGUAUACAACUGUCCUAUAAUAUAUUCUGCACUAAUGAAAGAACAUCUCGGAGUCCGCUGUUCUAGAUCAGUGAGUGCCCUGCCGUGUGUAUCUUGCAUUUGAGGAUACGUUACGGGCGCUCUGGUGGCCUCAACCAACCUCCCUCGUAUGAUGUAGUUGAUACAUUUGUAUUAACAGAUUCCUUCCAGUGCAAACGAUCGGUAUUUUCAUUCCUAUAGCCCAAGCAAAAACACCGCCGUCAGAACUUUUGACUGUUCAUUCGACUGAUAAACCAACUGAUGCUACGCGAGAAAAGAUCGAUGACAUGCCGCGUGGUAUGGUGGCUUUGAAGGUUAUGGAAGCAGUGGUAGAGAACAAGGUGAUGGAUGGUGCUGGUAUGCGUUGAGACGGAAAAAAUGUGAGUGACGACAUGGCCUG